AUGAAGUUCGUCGGUACUGCAGCUGUCCUCUCCGCCCUCGUCGCGUCCGCCGCUGCGCACGGCGUCGUGACUUCGCCCCUCCCCCGCCAGCCCGGGCCCGCCGCGCUCGCGGCGUGCGGCACCGAGGCCUACGGCGUCCUCACCAAAGAUCUGACGGCGCCGAUCGAAGAGGUUGUCGCCGCCGCCGCAAACGCGACGGACUUCAACGCCGAUGCCUGCCACGCCUUCCUCUGCCGCGGGCUGCAACGCGAGGACAACUUGAACAACACGCACGUCUUCACCCCGGGCUCGACGGUCCCGUUCAACGUGACGAUCAAGGUCCGGCACACGGGCCCCGCGAACGUGUCGAUCGUCGACCUCAAGGAGCAACGCGUCAUCGGGCCCGCGCUCUUCAGCUGGCCGGUCUACGCGAACGCGAGCAUCCCCGCCGCCGACGCACCGCUCAACGAGAGUCAGUCUUUACUUUACAUUCCUCUCGAUCGGAAAACGAACGUUUCGCUGACGACUGGCCGUCGCUCUCCUACAGCGCAAUUCAGCGUCAAGAUCCCGCACGAGCUCCCGCUCAAGUGCGCGCUCCCCGGCGAGUGCGCGAUCCAGUGGUGGUGGCUCGGGAACCCCGGGACCGCGAACGCGCAGACGUACGAGAGCUGCGUGGACUUCACGACCGUUAGGUUCUAG